AAAUAAAUUAAGCUCUUUGCAAUCUUUAAUAAUUGCAAUCUGAUCAUCUGACGUGAGGAAAGUUUCAAGUAAUAAUUAUUAAUACAGCCUCAGUCCUUGUUUGAGAAGAGUUUGAGAAUCUCAAAUAAUUAAUAAACUGAAAUAAUAUGUUACAUUCUUUAAAUAAAGAAGAUAAACUAUUAAUAAACUUUAAGUAUGAUACAUUAUCUUUUGUUGCUUGCGACAUGAAACUCCUGAUCUGCUCCUGAUCUGCUCAUGAAAUUGCAAAAGCAGGAGCCAGAGCAGACCAUAGAAUAUUACAAUUAUAGAUGGGAGAUUAUACUAUUCUCUCGGAUCCAGAUCUCACUCGCUCUACUCUCGUUAUCGUAAGCACCCAAGGUUUCUUAAUAUAUUUAUGCAAACUAUUUCUUUAAAAUAUUUAUGAAUCUUUCAUAUAAAUAUUGUUUUAUUAAUACGUGCUGUCUGGGUUUCAAGUGGUUUCAGGCUCAUACAUAUCAAAUAGUUAUUGGUAAUAUUUCAUACUAUAUAUUUCUAUCUUCCAUUUUUCAUUCUUGUAGAUCAACUGUUGACGUUUUUCAUUAAUACAAAGACAAUAAAUUAUUGUGUGAAAACCACAUAUGAUCAGACUGUGAAGAAAGGAAGUCUUUCUUUUACAAUGGCAACGAAAAGUAGACAUUACACGCCAGCAGAAAAAAACGUAUUCUUACAAAUUUUAGGAAAAUAUAAACACAUUAUUGAAUGCAAAAGAAGUUGUGCUGAUACGCUUCGCAAUAAAGAAGCAGCAUGGAAGGAGAUUUGUGAUGAAUUCAAUAACUCCUCCUUGAUUGUACAAGAUAGAACUGUACAACAGUUAAAAAAAUUAUGGAACAAUUUAAAGCAAAUACAACGAGAUGCAUUAACAAGAGAAAAGCAGGCAAGAUUUGCAACAGGUGGAGGACCAGAGGAACUAUCCACAGAUAUUGAUCCCGAUAUCGCUAUGAUAGCACCAAAUUUAAUGACUAUAGCUCCUAUAAUAUUUACAUCCAAUAUGAAUGACAAAGAAAUGGAAGAUGCAGAAGACAAUAUUUUGGAACAUAUAAGCAUGAACAGUACUGAAUAAUUUAUGAAGGUGAUUGAAAUCGAUACACCUAAUGAAAUGGCAAACAAUGAAAUAGGAUCUGAAGUGUUACCUAAUGUGUUAGCUGCCAAAGGUUUAUAAUAG